CUGGUUAAACCCUAGUGCACUUGAAGCUCUAAACCCCAAUCUCUCCUCUCCUCUCCUCUCCUUACAAUGGAGCAGGAGCAACAACGAAAGGAUCAAUCUUCACGAAACUCAAUCCCUAAAGAGCAGCAAAAAAUGCUAUGCGAAGAGUGCAAACAGAACCCAUCAAAGUACAAAUGCCCGGGCUGCUCUAUUCGCUCUUGCAGCCUUCCUUGUGUCAAAGCUCACAAACAACGCACUGGAUGCUCGGGAAAGCGGGUUCAGACGCAGUUCGUUCCUCUAUCUCAGUUCAAUGAUAAUAUCCUCUUAUCUGAUUAUAAUUUGCUUGAGGAAAUGAAGAGGGUUGCUGAUUCUUCUCAGAGAAUGAGAACAAAAUUGUGUGCAUAUUCUCAAUAUAAGUUACCAGCUCAUCUUCGAAGCCUCAAGGGUGCUGCUGCUGGCCGGAGGACAAAGCUUCUUUUUCUCCCAAGUGGAAUGUCAAAGAGGGUGAAAAAUCAAUCUCAUUACAACCAAAGGAAGAAAUUUAUAUCUUGGACAAUUGAGUGGCGAUUUCACACUACAGAUGUUACUUUAGUAGACCAUGGAAUACGCGAGGACACACACCUAUCCUCUGUAAUUGAGAAACAUCUAAAACCUGGACCAUGGAACCAUCAAUUAAGGCAAUUCUGUGAGGAGCAUCUGGAUUCUCUUAAGUUUUUUGUCCGUAAAUAUCCGAAGGGACCCAGGUCAGCUUUCUGUGAAUUGGACAUAAAGGCCCCUUUAAGGCAACAACUGGCCAAUGUUGUCAUUUUGGAGUAUCCUGUUAUUCAUGUUUUUCUUCCUUCACAAAGUUAUGAUUUUGAAGUUAUCAAAGAUGUGAAACCUGUCAGUCAUAGACCAGAAUCUAAGAAUCCUGUUCACAAUGAUCACCCAAGUCCAAAAGGCGUUGCCUUCAGGGAGGAGGAGGUAGAAGAAAAUAACGACUCUUCAAAUCCUCAGGUUUAUGAUUUCCUGAAAAAUGUAAUUUUGAGUCCGCUACCUGAAAUCCCUCAUCUGAAUACGUCUGAGAAAACUUUGUAUGAGCAAUCUGAUGCCUUGGCGAGAGAGGCACUGGACAAUAAUUCACAUUACAAUUCCCAGACCAUGGAACCAGGAAUUUUUGAGGAUAUGGACUUUGAUUUUGAUCAAGGCUUGAUGGAUGCAUACUCGGAUCUCAUUGGACAAGUUAAUCCUGAUGACUUUCUUGAUUUGGGAGGUGAAUUUCCUAAGGAAGAAAAGUUGGAAGAAAGGAAAGACGUGUUGAAUUCCAGGGGAGUUUCAUUGAUGCAAGAGGAAUUAGAAGAAGGGGAAAUUGUGGAGUAAUUUGUAUGCUGGAUGUGAAUUGAACGUUGAUGGUUGGAAUUUGAAGGAGUAGCUCAUGAAAAUUACUUCUGCCAUUCCAGUUUUAGAUUUUUGGUUCCCUUGUAGUGGGUAUGAAGCAGAAUGCAUUGGAUUUAUGGUAAGGCAAACAUUCUUUCCCUCGUAUAAAGUUUGUGGAUGCUAUUUGAUAUGCAUUAGUCUUUGUCACAUGUGAUCUCAGUCGGAACAUAUGACUUUGAUACCAGCCGUCUCAUCUCAUGCUUCCAUUUACUGGAACUGGCUACCAUUAUUCCUGAUAUGCACAUCCAAGGUACAUCCCUAAUGAAACUCAGAUGUUUAUCAUCUUUCAUCCCUUUGGUGGGGAUGGUCAGGUGGGUUUGGUUGCAGAACUUUCAUGGUUUUUUCACUUUGCUGGCGUUUUUACAGCAUAUACCUUACACAGUUUGUUUAUGGUGCCUGUGAAUUGAGUACAGAAUUUUAUUUUAGAAUUUGAUUCGAUUAUCAAACUUUCAAUCUAUCCCUUUUUGUAUUAAA